AUGCGUUUCGCGUCUACUGUGCUGCCUCUGGCGGCCGCGGCCGGUCUGGUCGGCGCUUCCGACUGCCCUACCCCUGUGAGCCGUGGGUGUCAAGCUCUGCAGCAGAGCCCGCUCAACGAUUCCGUGUUCGCCACCGGUAGCUCGGUGUACAACUGGGAGACCAAGGAGUUCUGGUCCAACACGGAGCUGAUGGCCCCGGGCUGUGUGUUCCGUCCCAAGAACAGCCGUCAAUUGGGACAGGCCGUCAAGGCACUCGUCCAGGCCGAUGCCAAGUUUGCGGUGCGCGGUGGUGGUCACAUGGGAAUUCGGGGCUCCAACAACAUCGACGACGGUGUGUUGAUCGUCAUGUCCAACUUGACCACCAUGGCCCUGAACCGGGACCACUCCGUCCUGUCGCUCGGUCCCGCCUAUCGCUGGGGAGAGGUCUACUCCUACCUCGCCCACUAUGACCUGACCGUUCCCGGUGGCCGCUUGGGCCCCGUGGGUGUCCCCGGCCUGCUGCUUGCCGGUGGUGUCAACUUCUUCGGAAACCAGGUCGGCUUCAGCUGUAACUCGGUGAUCAACUACGAGGUGGUUCUGGCCAACGGCGAUGUGGUGCAGGCCAACAAGAACACCAACUCGGACCUCUUCUGGGCCCUGAAGGGUGGUAGCAGCAACUUUGGUAUUGUCACCCGAUUCGACCUGGAGACCAUCAAGUCCACCAAGGUGUGGGCGGGUGCACACACCGUCGAGGCCAAAUACGUUGAUCAGUUCCUUGCGGAACAAACUCAUCAGGCUGUUGCCACCUACGCGGCCAACAUCUCUGAUGCCAAGAGUCACAUCGUCCCGGCCCUGGUUCCUGGUGACUCGACUUUGGCCUCAGCCAUCCUCUUCUACGACAGCGACACGGUCAGCUAUCCCGACAUCCUCAAGCCCUUCACCGACAUUCCUUCCAUCAGCAGCACCGUCGGCUUCAAGACCGUGGCCGAAUUCUCCAAUGAGCUGGGCCAGAUGGUGGUGCCCGGAAUCAACGAUGUCUUCGUUGCCGGAACCGUCAAGGGAAACAGCUAUGAAGAGCUCCACAAGGGUGUGAGCAUCAUCAACUCGACCUUCUUCAACGAGCUCCCCAAGCUCCUCGCUCAGAUCCCCAAGGCCAACAUCUCCACCAUCCAGCUCGACUGGCAGCCCAUUGGAGCCAAGUGGAUCGAGGCCUCCAACGCUCGCGGCGGAAACGCCCUGGGCCUGGACUCCAGCAAGGUGUACCUCUGCUACGCCGAGGUCGUCGAGUGGAUCGGAUCCGAAUACGACAGCAUUGUCUUUGAGUGGUUGGAGUCAACUACGGCCGCCAUCAACCAGGCGACCGGGCCGCCGGACUCUUCGAUCCGUUCAACUACAUGGGCGAUGCGGCUGGGUUCCAGUCCAUCUUCCCCGGCUACGGUGCCGCCAAUCACCCACCGCCUGCAAAGCAUCGCUUCGGCUUGA